UAUGCAACGUGACACACGUGCGCACACACACACACACAAACAGACGCGUGAUGUGAUGCUGUCUGAGGAUGGAUGCAAAAAAGAGAAAAGUAGACAUUCGGAGCUAUUUUAAAACAAACCACCAAAGUAAGCCACUUAAAACCACUGAGCCACUUCUCUAUUAAUAACAUAAUGUUGUAAUGAUUACAGGUAUCUAAGCCACAAACGUUCUUCUCAGUGUUCAUAUGGCAUGCAUCAGUGCAUUUAUUUUGUCAGGUCAGGUGACAGAAGCAGUCCUGUCAUGUUGUGGAGAGGCAGGUGGAAAGGCAGGGUUACAGGUGAGGUCAUACAAUAACAUGGUAGUGUUGGUUGUGAAAUUUAGCAUUGAGCAUUCUCCUCAAAACGAUACAGUAACUGCAAAAAUGCUCUUGUUAGUUUUGAACGGCACCAGAAUAGUAAGUCGCACCAUCAUGCAGUUACAGUUUGUGUUCAAGAAGCAUCCCCUGUAGAUUCACAACUUUCAAGUGCCUUGGCAAAGCAACAAGAGGAUGCUAGGUAUUGCCUGCAAAAUAUUGUAGGUUCAGUACAGUUCCUUGCUAGGCAGGGUAUGGCACUGCGAGGCCAUGAAACAGAAAAUGCGAAUCUUUUUCAGCUUUUAAAAUUCAAAGCCAAUGAUGAUGCGCGUCUCUCUAGUUGGCUAUCCCGUUGUCAUGACUAUACUUCUCCUUCUGUGCAAAAUGAGAUUUUGGAAAUGUUAGGAAAUUGUAUUGUCAGAGGCAUUGCAGUCUCUAUCCAGUCUCUUCCAGUUUUGCAGUACUCACUCAUUAUAGAUGGCACUCAGGAUGUCUCAGGAGUAGAGCAAGAAUCUAUAUGUUUUAGAUAUGUGGACCAUGACCUGGUACCACAAGAGGUUUUUGUUGGUUUGUAUGAAGUCUCAGGGACUACUGGAGAGGACAUUGCUAGAGUGGCUGUGGAUGCACUCAUGAGGCUAAAUAUUCCCAUGUCUGGUUUAAGAGGGCAAACAUAUGAUGGUGCUGCUAAUAUGUCAGGAAGACAUUGUGGAGCACAAGCACAGCUAAAGAGACAGCAGCCAUUGGCUUUAUAUGUGCAUUGUGGGUCACAUUGUCUUAACUUGAUCACACAAUCUGCAUGCCUAGCCAGUCCUGUGAUACGGGAUGCCUUGCAGUGGGUCCAUGAGCUAGGGACAUUAAGCCAACAGUCUGGAAAAUUCAAGUCUAUAUUUUCAGCAGUGGCAGCAGGUUCAGAAGGACCAUCAACAUCACUCAGACCACUGUGUCCAACCAGGUGGACAGUGCGAGGAAAAGCAAUCAAAGCAGUGCUGUCUCAGUAUGAGAGUGUUUUAUCAAGAUUGGAGGAGAUGGCAUCAAAUGGAUCUAACACAGGUGUGAGGGCAAAUGGACUGCGAGAGAGGUUUGAAAAGGGUAAAACUAGAUGUUCUGCAGAAGUUAGAGGAAACUCUACUGACUGGAGAAGUGAUUGACAUUGUUGAUCAGUAUCCAGAACUGAACAGAGACAAUCUAAAAGUCCAGCUAGCCAUGUUUCGCUCUAGAAACACUUUUAGAUCUAGUACUGAAGUGGCUAAUAUUCUAAGAGGAAUGUCAGUUGAAUUGAGAGGCCUGUUUGAUCAAGUUGAAACCCUUGUCAGGCUGCUUUUAGUGGUCCCAGUGUCAUCAGCUGAGGCCGCAAGAAGUUUUAGUGCUCUUCGAAGACUAAAAACAUGGCUCAGAACAACAAUGACAAGUGAGACUGAACAGUAUUGCUGUUUGCCAUGUCCACCAGGACAAACUAGACAAAAUUGAUGUGAAACAAAUAUGCCAGCAGUUUAUUUCUGGUAAUGACAGACGUAGACAUGUGUUUGGCUUGUACAAAUAGCAAGUUACAGUACAGUACACACUAAGCUCUCAGUUAUUAUAUAGUAUAUAUAAAUAUAUAAUGUUCUUUAUUUCACAAAAUUAAGUAAUUAAUACAUUAUGUUCUGUGAUGUAAUGUGUUGGUUUUUUCUGGAGCAGAUCUGGAGGAAAUCUGCUUGUUCAGUUUUUUUUUU